GGAGAAGGAUAAGGGUAGAUAGGGUAGAUAGAGUAGGCAAGAGAGAAGAGAAAGAAGGAGAGCGAGAGCGAGAGAGAGAGAGAGGAAAAGCAUAUAUACCUGGCCACGGUUACCAAGCUGUGUAUUUCUGAGCGCGCAUUGCUAUGUGUAUCGUUGUGUGCGACCGAGUAAAUGUAUAUAUGUGAAUCUGUGUGUGUGUAUAUGUGUAUAUAUGUGUGUGCACGUUGACUCGGAGGGCGACAGGCGCCAUGAUAUCGAUCCUACGCAAUAUCGUGCUCGGUCCCAUGUUCCAUGGACGAACCGACGCUCGACGUGUCUCGUGUUCCACUUGCUGUGCUAUCCGGCAGACGCGAUUUAUCGUUUUUACGUGCAAUAUCGAUAAACUAGAAGUAAACAUCGUCAAAGGAUAAUGUGGGGUAGAGCUAGCAUGGCAGCUGUGAUUCUUUUCCUUGCCUGGUUGUGCAUCUUCGUUCCUUGUCACGGAAGUAAUACGGAACUUAUUCCAUCGGAUACGGAAACAUCUACGGAUGCGGAAUCAGAGAUAAUUUUAGAACGCGCUACUUCUUGGCUGUGGAGUCAGCGAGACAAGGAUGCUGGAUGGGGUAACGAUACACACAGAGUGAUUUUGGUCCUACGUUUGGGUAAUCUAUCACGUAAUGAUAACGUGGCACCACCUGCACCGUUAGAGUUACAACUCAGUUCAAAAGAGAUGGAAUUGGAGAUAGUUCUCUUACUUUGGAGACAUAGAGAAGUUGGAUUUUCUCCGGUUCGUUUGGCUCGUUAUACUUUGGCCUUGAACGCUAUGUGCAUGGAUCCAAGACAAUUCCAUGGACACGAUUUGAUCGGAACUUUGCAACAUCACGAGCCACCGACUGAUUAUGAAUUCGCACUUACUACUUUAGCUGCGUGCAGUGCUCAAGCUCACGUACGUAAACGACAAAUACGUCGUUUAUUGGACAUUGCCAAUGCUGCACAAGAUCAUAACGUUGAUACCGUGGCAAUGGUGAUACUGGCACUGAGGUGUAUCGUUCAAGAUCAUAGACACAGAAAUUUGCAUCAUUUCGUUCGAAAACCUUCGAUUGGUUUGGCUCAACAGCAAAGAUUAGACGGUAGCUUCGGUGACCUUCACACGACAGCAUUGGUCAUGCAAGCUUUAGAAGAAGUCGAGAACGAACCUGGAGACAAUUGGAACAGAUCAGCAGCCUUAACAUGGUUGAUGAAUCAACAACGUCCGGAUGGUUCAUUCAGUGGGGAUAUUCGUGCUACGGCCGAGGCUCUACUUGGCGUUUCACCACGUGGUCUUGCUAGUAUUCGUGCUCUCGAUUGUGGACAAGGUCUGACGGAUAGUUCACCACCUAGACUUACUACGAGCAACAUUGCAGAUGUAGCGACCUUGGAGAAUCAUAGUGAGACGUUAGCAGCAACUACAACCGGAAGUAACAACACUAGUAAUACGGAUACCAUUAUCACCGGUACUUCGAUACCGAUCAUGGUGAACGUUUCAUAUACACUUUGGGUCGGAAGUAACGUCAACGAAACGUACAAUCUAACGGUUUCCGCGCCGAAAAAUGAAACUUUCUAUGGCGUAAUGCUUUUAGCAGCGGAGAUGUCACCACACUUUCAAUUCGCCGCAUCGGAAUGGCCAAAUGGACAUUAUGUCCACACAUUGGCUGGUUAUAAAGAAGAACCAAUGUCUUAUCAUUAUUGGUUACUCUAUCGAUUGCCAACACCACCGGAUCCUUCCUCACCACCUGGAAAUCAAUUGGUUGCACCUGGAGGUGUCGAUGAUCUACAAGUCAGCGAAGGAGAACAUUAUCUCUUUUGGUAUAAGAAGCUAUGAACUGUGCGCGAGAGACUGAGAAUCAAGUAAGAAGGAACACAAGGAAAGAUAGGAAGAUCAAAGGAGAAAUCAACAAAAAUAGAGAAUGUAUGCGCGUGGAAGAUAUAUAGUAUGAAUGUUCAUGCAUCUGUUUGUCUGUAUGUAUGUAUUUGAGAGAGAGAGAGAGAGAGAGAGAGAGAGAGAGAGAGAGAGAGAGAGAGAGAGAGAGAAUCUGAUAUUUCGAAUUACUAGAGCGAGAGCCGAUAGUAUUCACUGCCAUUGCUAAACCGUAAAGCGUAUUCACCUAAGCACGUAUUCGUGCGCAGCCGCUCGUAGUUUCAAGGAGAAUCCGAAGAAGACGGUAAGAAAGGAUUGGCAGUGAUUUCUGAAACUCCGUUCUAGUGACUGGGGAUGAUCGGGUCCGAUAGAAUCCAAUGAUUAAACGUUCCAGCAUCACAUCGGAUCGUAUACAUAUAUCAAGGAGAAACUACGUGACUCGUUAUUUAAGCUACGAAGAAUACCGUUUUCUAUGAAACUGCAAUGCACAACCAUAUUGUAUUAUGAUAUAUCGUAUUAAUUAAUAUUUAAUAAAUCCGAUACCCAUACGUGUAAAAAAAAAGAAUCAAAUUAUAAAUAUUUAUAUAUAUAUAUAUACAUAUAUAUAUAUAUAUAUGUAUAUGUAUAUGUAUAUGUAUACGCAUAUGUACAUGUAUAUAUAUGUGUGUGUGUAUAUAUAUAUAUACGUAUAUUCAUUAGCAAAGAAGAAAAAAGAUGGCCUGUUUCCUGUUCUUGCAAAAGUAUCAUUAAUUUAGUAACACUCGUAUUAAAAAGAGGAAUUAAUAAAAAUACAAAAAUAAGCUCUUCGAUUGCUUAUUGCUAACAUGGGUUAUUAAAUUAAUGAAAAAUGAAGUUAAUCGUUUCAUUCGCAUACGCUGUAUCAUUUAAUUUGUUGUUUGAAAUCAAUAAAGAAUAGAUUCACACGAUAAA